UGAGAAAUGGUGGUUUUGGUGUUCUUUAUGAGAUAGUUCAUGUUCUUGGAAAGGUCAUGGUGUUAUUGUGUUGCAUUUUAGUCCACCAAAAUACUCAAUUGAGAAAAAAAGUGAUUGAAUGUUGAGAAAAGGGUACUUACAAUUGUUCCAUUACCAAGUUGCUUGAUAUUUAGAUAGGAAUAUCUGAUCUAAGUAUGUAUGGACCAAGUGUUCCAAUAUCUAAGUAUUAGAUUCCAUAUAUAUGGUUGGUUCAUGGUUGAGAAAGAAAAAGUGAUGGUGUGGGGGCAAAAAUGUCCCAGAAAAGUGUGAGGACAUGGCUGGCACAGUACAAGAUAUUGGGAGGGAGAUGGGAAGCAGUUGUUAUAGCAUAUUACAGAAGCCAAAAGCAGUUGUAUAUAUACAUGGUGAUAUAUAUAUAUAUACAUACAUAUCAUAUGAGGAGGAGUCAAAACUUGCAAAACUUGCAAGGCUGAUCCUACAUUUGAUUUGUUGUAUGAAUCUGCCAGUGUACAGACAUAUAUAGCAGUGUACCUAUGACCUCCUCCUCCAUGUUGACAAUGACAUGUCCAUCUUCAACAACAUUAACAGCAACAACUAGCAGAGCUAGAACUAGUCUGCUGCUGCAACUCAAAUUGGGUUGUCAUCAUUGGUCUCCGUCCAGGUCCAGGUCGUGGACGUGUCUCAGAUAUGGACAUGGACGUGGAUAUAUUGGAGGAGAAGGAGGAGGAGGCGGGUCUCUACUUGGUAUGGCAGCCCGCCGGCACAAUGUUAGCAAAAAUGGGGCUGUGCGGGGAAUCUCUAUGUUCCUCAACACCAGACCAAAACCGGUGGUUAAGGAUGGAGUUCUGAGCUUUAAUGGGACGGAAGCACUCAAGGACAUGCCCCAUAACAUUGUCAUUAAGCCCUGGUACGACUCAUCAUCUGCAGCAUUCUUGGGUGCUGCUUUCACUGAUGAAUCUGAAUCCUCCUCCUCCACUUCUCGACUUGUCUUCAAACUUGGAGUCAUACGGGAAACCCGAUUGUUGUGUUUGUUUAGAUUCAAGAUUUGGUGGUCCAUUCCACGAGUAGGGAAUUCAGCAAGUGACAUUCCUGUUGAAACUCAAAUGUUACUGCUGGAAGCUCCCCAUGACCACUCAGCUUCUUCUGAUGGAGCCACUGCCUACAUUCUCUUCUUGCCUUUGUUAGAUGGUGAAACCAGAAGCAGCUUGCAGGGAAACUCUGCUGACGAGCUUCAAGUUUGUGUUGAAACUGGUGAUCCUGCUUUACUUGCAUCAGAGUCUACUAAAGCCGUGUUUGUUAACUGCGGAGGCAAUCCCUUUGAUUUGAUGAAAGAAUCUAUGAAGUAGGUGGGCCUCUGUGUUGCGGAAGCCCUACCAAAGUUAAGGAUCCUGCAGACGUACAGCGGAACAUUUGCUCUGCGGGAGACCAAACAGAUGCCUGGAAUGCUAGAUUGGUUUGGUUGGUGUACAUGGGAUGCAUUCUACCAUGAUGUCAAUCCUCAGGGAAUCAAAGAUGGGCUAAGCAGCUUGUCAAAAGGUGGCACUCCUGCUAGAUUUCUUAUAAUUGAUGAUGGGUGGCAAGACACGACCAAUGAAUUUCAGAAAGAAGAAGAGCCUUUUGUUGAAGGGUCUCAGUUCGGUGCCAGGUUAAUGAGCAUUAGAGAGAACAUGAAGUUCCGGAAGGCAUCAAGUAAGGCUUCCAGCGCCCCGAAUAGUCUCAAGGAAUUCAUUUCAGAUAUAAAGAGUACUUUUGGCCUCAAGUAUGUCUACGUAUGGCAUGCACUGAUGGGAUACUGGGGUGGGCUCCAUUUAGAUGCUCCAGGGACACAGAAGUAUAAUCCAACGCUGAAGUACCCAGUACAAUCACCUGGAAAUCUUGCACAUAAAAGGGACAUCGCUAUGGACUCCAUGGAAAAGUACGGUGUUGGCACCAUUGAUCCUGCCAGAAUUUUUGAAUUUUAUGAUGAUCUACAUAGAUAUAUUGCAUCACAAGGAGUAGAUGGAGUUAAGGUUGAUGUGCAGAAUAUCCUCGAAACAGUAGCCACUGGUUCAGGAGGCCGGGUUUCGCUUACUAAACAUUUCCAACAAGCCUUGGAGGAGUCCAUUGCCAGGAACUUCCAAGAUAAUGGCAUAAUCUGCUGCAUGGGUCAGAGUACAGAUUCUAUUUACAACUCAAAGAAAAGUGCCAUCACGCGUGCAUCUGAUGAUUAUUACCCCAAGAAUCCCAACACGCAAACACUCCACAUAGCUGCUGUAGCUUAUAACAGUAUAUUUUUUGGUGAAGUAGUUGUGCCAGAUUGGGACAUGUUCUAUAGCCGCCAUAAUGCUGCCGAAUAUCACGCGAUUGCUCGAGCUGUUGGAGGAUGUGGAGUUUAUGUAAGUGAUCAACCUGGUCAGCAUGACUUCAACAUACUACGAAGACUCGUGCUUCCUGAUGGAUCAGUGUUGAGAGCUAAGUACCCUGGGAGGCCUUCAAGGGAUUGCCUAUUUUGUGAUCCAGUUAUGGAUGGGAAAAGCCUUCUGAAGAUAUGGAACCUUAACAAGUGUACUGGAGUGAUUGGCAUAUUUAACUGCCAAGGAGCUGGUAGCUGGCCUGGCUUGGAAGACAGUCCUAAGAUGAACAGUCCUGAGAUAUCAGGAAAAAUCUCUCCAUCUGAUGACAUUGACUAUUUUGAGGAGGUUUCAGGAAAGUCAUGGAAAGGAGAUUGUGCAGUCUUCUCCUUCAAAUCAGCAUCACUCUUUCGGCUUGCAAAGCAUGGAAAGCUCGACAUCACCUUAGGGACAUUGCAGUGUGACAUCUUUUCUGUUUCACCUAUCAAGGUUUAUGGUAAGAAGGUUGAGUUUGCACCGAUCGGUUUGAUCAACAUGUACAAUUCUGGAGGGGCUACUGAUGCAAUUGAAGUCAUUACCGAGUUUUCUGAUUUUGGCAUAAGAAUCAAAGGAAGAGGUCCAGGUAUUUUUGGAGCAUAUUCCAAUCUGAAACCGAAGUCUUGCUCCAUGAAUUUGAUGGAUGAGGGAUUUGAAUUUAGAAGUGAAGAUUGCCUUUUGACCAUUCCUAUUCCCAGCGGUACAGAUACGUGGGAAGUUGCAGUUUACUAUUAAGGCCUCAGAGUCCACCUGAAUACAUUCCCAGUUACAGAAAUUAUAGGAAACAGUAACCACUAGUGGUAAAUUACAAUUCAUUUAGGGCUAA